GUGUUUGUGGUUGGUGGUCUUGUUUAAAAGAAGCGCGAAGCUGGCAAUGAGGAUGUCGUGAUCGUAUAUGUAGCUAUAAUUAUAGAUAAGGUACGCAAGCUACGAGCGAGUACGCUCUUGAACUGUAGCUUAAGCUAUGUCAAGCAUUUCAUAACCUUGACGAAAAGUUGAUAACAUCUCUCCCACUCUCCCGGGGUUCCGAGCACUACAGAUUACCACACAAUUUUUGUGUGCAGUUGUCAUAGGCAAUGGCAGCAGAUAAGGCGGAUAUUUGUCACGGUGCGCAAGAACGGUAGGGGAAAUCGCAUUGACAUGCGCCAGAUGCGGCAGUGCGCCGUCGUCGUCAGUGCUAAAGAGUUGCAAAGCAAUCGCUCGAUACGACUUCCGAAACUCAGGAAGUGUGUAAAGGCUGCUUCCUAGGAAAAUUUUGCAAUUCGCAACAUGAACGGCAACUCCACGCCUCGAGUACUCUCCAUCCAAAGCCACGUCGUCUCAGGAUACGUCGGCAACAAGAGUGCUACUUUCCCUUUGCAGCUGUUAGGAUUUGAAGUAGACGUGAUAAAUUCAGUCCAGUUAUCGAAUCACACAGGAUACAAAGUCUUCAAGGGACAAGUCUUGAAUGAAGAAGAUUUAAGCCAACUGGUGGAUGGAUUAGCAGAGAAUGAUUUAGAUGAUUAUACACAUUUGCUUACCGGAUACUCUCGAUCUGCUUCAUUUCUCAGAAGAAUAGCUGAGCUGGUCAAAGCUCUGAAACAAAAAAAUCCAAAGUUGAUUUAUGUCUGUGAUCCAGUUUUGGGUGAUAAUGGACAUAUGUAUGUGCCUCAAGAAUUAAAAGAAAUUUACCAAAAAGAAAUAGUUCCUCUUGCCGAUAUAGUUACUCCAAAUCAAUUUGAAUUAGAACUUCUUACUGGAAAAAAAGUUGAUACAGCCACUGAAUUAAAAGAUGCCAUUUUAGGCUUGCACAAAAUGGGACCAAAAAUUGUUGCUGUGUCAUCGUGUGAUAUUGGUGAUAAGUUGACAUCUGUUACAAGUACAACAAAAGAUAACAAAAUGAUAAAAAUUGAAGUGCCAAAAAUACCAGCCUCAUACACUGGUUCUGGAGAUUUGUUUGCUGCUUUAUUCCUAGCUCAUUGUUACUUAACUGAUAACAUAAAAACAUCACUUGAAAACACUAUUAAUUCUCUUCGCGAUGUGCUUCUUAAUACUUAUGAACAUUCUCAAGGACUCGAAGAUCCGAAACUUCAAAGAGCAAGGAAGAUUGAACUUCGAUUGAUCCAGAGUAAGAAAAUCAUUGAAAAUCCUUCCAAAAAAUUGCAAGCUACGUCGUUCUAAUUGCUAAUACUUAACAUCAAAACCGUUUUAAUGAAGAGACUAAUUAAACAUGGGCCGUGACAAUAACUUUACUCACCUUAUCAGUAUUUACAUAUAGCUUAGCUUCUUAUACUGUUAAUUGUUGAGGAUAAUUUGAUAAAAUACCUAGAAAAUUUCAUUGAAAAUCAAAUGCGGGCUUCAUUUGAUAGAACUGAAGUUUGUACGUCUUCUAAAUAAUGCAUAAAAUAACUUCCACGUAAAUUUAGACAAAUGGAAAUAGUUUACGAGCCCCAACUCGUUUAAAAAUAUAAUGAGAAAUAUAUGAAUGGGCAUUUAAAGUGAAAUUAAUAUCCGAAGUGUUGGUUUUUAAAAGCAUUAACAUUUUAUAAAACGUAGUUAAAUUAAUAUGCUUCAAGUAUAUAUUUCGAAUUCGACUUUUACUAAAAUAUCGAUAUAUGUGGCAAUAAUUAUUGAAACAGUUAUCCUUCGGUAUCAAGCGAAACUGCAAGUUAAUUGUGUUGUUUUAUGUAAUUGACUAGAUAUCGUCUGCAAUGUAUGUAACUAUUGAAAGUAAGCUACAUACCUAUAGCUUUUAAUUUAUGUUUGCAAAUGCGCUUUUUUAAAAUAAGUGUUGAUCCAUCCGACCAAUAUUUUAAUGUCUUUCAAAGUGAUCAGAUAAAAACUGAUAAUAAAUACAAGUACAACGUGGAGAAAAUCCAUAAAGAGAUGUAAUACUCUAUAUCAAUCGUUAUUCGUCAUACUCGUUAUAUAAAGUAUAUUGAAAAAAAGAAAAAAAAAAAAAGUUGAAAAAAAACGAAUUACUCGUGUGUUCUAUUCUUUUUCAAAUGGCCUUCACUGCCUUCAACAUUGAAUCAUUCAGCUGUGAGCCUUGAAGCGCAGCUCUUUCCCAACGCGUGAGCGCCUACGAAACCGGAAUAGAAAAAAUACCGAAGCGUGUGUUGCAGCAUCGGCGUCCCCCGACGACUAACGAAAUCGGCCGACAGGCAAGGGCAAGCUUUCCCCCAGCGCAGACACGGGCGCUCCGACGAUCGCGGAUCCUCGUGGCGCGGCUUACGUAAGCGCGACUCGGUCGCUCACCCUUUUAGGCUGGCGGCGAGGGACCGGUUCUCUCCUAGAAAUAAAUCCCAAGGACGAGAGGGGAGCCGCCGCGAGGCUAGCAGCAGCCCUAGCAUAGCAACAGGUAGUAGCCGUUCGUUAACCCGAGCGACCUUCGACAACAAUGCCACGGAGCCGGAGCCGCCGCCGCCGCCGCCACCGCCGCCGCCACCGCCACCGCUGGGCUUGCUCGGCGUUCGCGCGUCCGAAAAUUUCGCGCGCUCCGCGCCGUCCGCCUGAGCGAAAUUGGAAGAGGAGAGCCGGUCGUUGAACCCACACUCAGCUGCAAUUACAUCUACAUCUCGCCCUCUCGCUCGGCGCACGUGCCGCCGUUUAAAAACCUACGUUCCGCCGGCUGCCACGCUUCACCCUCCACUGCGUCACUUUGCAAGUGGCUCGCAUUGUUAGCAUUCUGCUUAACCAGGUCGCAACUCGUCGGCUCUCCCAACGUCGAUCCGCUUAUUUAUAAAGGAAAAAGUUGAAGUAUAGCAGUGCUGCAAUCGGACAGUGAUCGGGACUUACUCAAUAGCAACAGAUUUAUUUGCACGCGCGACAGUCUAAUGUCGGGCCGUGGCGAUUCUUGUAAUGGGAACCGAUAUACUGAAAUUUAAUGUAAUUUACAUUUGAAUUGUUGCUAUUAACGGGGCUACUGCAAUUGACGCGCUGGUUCUUGGAUUGCCCCGAGCGUUGCAACGGUUACCUAACAGUUUUCAACCGAUGCUAUAAAUUGAAAUGGAAAAAGCUUGAAUGAGAAAAUCGACGCUGGAAAUGAAACGAGCGGGCGCACGGAGCCGAAAGAUUUCGUUUUCGAUGGUCUCCUCCGCGGUAGGCAAUCGGCCAGAAGAAAAAAAGGAAUUUCUGGUCGAGCCCUUCGGAGCUGCUGGGCUCCCCUUUCGCAUAUCUAUCG